UAAUUUUUCAGAUCGCACCUGGAUGAGAAACCUGUACCUUUGACGGAGAAAAGAGUUCAACCCUUAAAAUGGGGGGCUGCCUUAGUUCAGAGGAUAGGGUGACACCCUUCGGAAAUUCAGCGGUUGAUGGGGGUGGUCAGUCGAAAGCGGACUUCAAGGGACCAGUGAGACAACGAAGCUGCACUGAUCUAUUCUUCCUAAUCUUUAUGGGCAUGUUCAUUAUUAUUCUGGCAAUCCUUCUUGGCUACUGCAUCAGUCAUGGAAAUAUCUACAGGAUAAUAAACGGAUUCGAUAGCUGCGGUAACGUUUGUGGAAUGGUGACCAAAAAUGAAAACCCUGCCUAUCCUUGUCAGGGAAAAGACAUGACCGAUAAAAAAUUGAUUUCGAUUAGUGCGGCAAGCGGCAGACCGAUUGUGAAUCCCAAAUACGUGCACAGGGACUGUGUGGCCAAAUGCGAUCCUGACUACAUCCAAAUACUGAACCGGUGCGUAAAGAACACUACAAGCGAGGCGAUCAGCAAUGUAUUCUCGAAAACUGGACUCGGUAGCUUCUUCCAGGAAGUCUCCGAGGAUCUCCACGUGUGUUGGAAAGAAAUGCUCUACCUGUGCAUCAUAUCAUUUAGUAAGUGAGCAACUAUUUUCAUUACUGUAUUUCAUCUCUCAAUGGAAAUAAAUGAAAAUCUAAUUACCCUUUUUAAAAAUUCAU